AAGAGUGAGAGAAUAUAAUCACAACUGGUAAUAAAUGGACUAAUGCAAAUACCAAGAAUUACAUGUAUAGGUUAUAAUCUUAAAUAACGAUUAUAUAAUAACUCAUAAAUCAACGAUUAUGUCUAUUGAUACUUUUAUCAAUUAGUUUCUGUUUAUGAUUCCUACUGAUUAAUUUAAAAAUAUGCUAACUUUCAACUGUACAUGCGUGAAUGGGAGUAAGCAAUUUACUCGUGUGUCUUUCACAGACAUGCUUUUUUUAAAACGAUUGAAACAUCGUAUCUCUACAAAAUCUACGAAGCAACUGUAUCAAACACUUGGAGUAAAUGAAGAUUGCGAAGAUGAAACGCUUAGGCUUGCCUUUAUACAUCUAGCCAAACAAUUCCAUCCAGACAGUGGAACAAAAGAAGCUGAUGCAGUUAGAUUUGCAGAAGUCGAAAGUGCCUAUAGAGAAAUACGGAAGCUACGCAAUGAUUUGAAAGAAAAUAAUUCUCAGUUACUACCAGAUGUUGAAGAGUUUGAUAUUAAGCAUACAGCACCUCAACAUCGUCAUUACCUAAACUAUGAUGUUGGUAUAGGAACACCGAGUAAACGACAAAAGUUACAUACUAUCGAAAGAGCACAAAAGGCUGUUGAAAAUGUUAUGGAACAUAGAUUAAAGAAAUUACAGGCAGAAGAACGUAAUACGUUAAUCGGAAUGGAUAAAAAACGGGCUCAAGACAUUAAGACACGCUAUGGUAUGGAUCGAUUGGUAGAAGAUUUGAUUCAAGAGGCAAUGAAUAAAGGUGAAUUUAGUGAUCUUCCAGGCAUCGGUAAACCUUUAAAAAAUAUCAACAGACAAAACCCAUAUGUUGAUUUCACUACGCACAAAUUAAAUCAGGUAUUGAUAGAAAACGGAUUCACUCCUGAAUGGAUACAGCUUUCAAAGGAAAUCAGAGAAGAAACGAAAGAAUUACAAAAAUUAUUAACAGAAGCGCGCAAUGAAUUAGGUUUAAUUCCAUUGAAUUUAGAAGAAAAAAAAAGCUGGACAAAUACUAUUGAAAAUUUAAAACCUUCCAUUAAAAAAUUAAACAACAAGAUUGAUAAAUAUAAUUUACUGGUACCUAUACUUCAAAAACAAAUGCUUCACGUUAAUUUAGAAACUCUUGCGGAACAAGUAUUGUCCAAAGAACCAGUUCGAUCGAUAAAACAGAAAUCGGCAAAAAAAGAUAUAAACAAUAGUUAUAACAACAAUAACAAUCUUGACAUUUUCAACUUGUUUCAAACAAUCUUUAGAAAAAAGAUCACAUGAAGAUUAAAUAUUCAAUAGACUAUAUAAGAAAUGUUAGUGUUUACCAAACAUCUAAGAUAUAUAAAGCUAGUGACUAGAAAAAUGAACAAAGUGUAUAUAUACUUGUAUAGUUUGUAUAAAACCUAUGAAAAAGAAAUCUAAAAAAAAAU